CCUGUUGCACCAUCCACCCCCAUGCCUUCUUAGCUUCCACCAUCAUUCGCAAUCUCAGAAGCCCUCACAGAUUUAGGUAAGUGACCACAAAAGAUUCAUUCUUUUUCUGCCUUACAACUUAUGGCAUCAUCCAUUGCCACCUUCUUCAACAAGUUCCUUUAUCUCCUCAUCCUCUUCGUCCACCUUGGCUGCUUCAUCUUCACCACCACCGCCGGAGGAAAAAAAGCGCCACCAUCAAAGAAACGCAAAAUCUCGCCCUCAUCCCAACCCUCCUCCCCUUCCCACCCAAAAUUCAAAACCCACAAAGCCCUGUCCUCUUCUUGGCAUUUCAUCAAACACCUUCUUUCCACCAAGUCCUGCAAAACCCCCAAAACCGCCACCUCCCAACUAUCCCCUCAAUCAACCGCCGCCACCUCCACAAUCUCCGUCUCCGCCGCAGCAGCACACUCCCUUGUUUCACUAACACAACCCGACCCGGAAAGAAAACCACCCGGGUCUUGUCCCGAAUCCGACAUUUCCGCCGACACCAACAUCUUCUUCCCUCUCCGCAACGACAUCUUCCCCUGCACCGCUUGCGGCGAGAUCUUCCAGAAACCCAACCUCUUGGAAACCCACCAAACCCUCAAACACGCGGUUUCGGACCUAUCUGGAUCCGACCCGGGUCACAACAUCGUCCAGAUCAUCUUCAAAUCGGGUUGGCCUGAAUCCAAACCCUCCCCCACCAUAACCCGCAUCCUCAAGAUCCACAACAGCCCAAAGAUCCUCGCGAAGUUCGAGGAGUACCGGGAGGUCGUCAAGUCCAAAGCGGCGCGUCACGGAGCCCUCACGCGCCGCCGCGACGAGCGCUGCAUCGCCGACGGGAACGAGCUCAUGCGCUUCCACUGCUCCACGUUCCUUUGCGACUUGGGACACAGCGGGGAUUCCUCAAUAUGUUCUCAGCAAUUUUGUAAUAUAUGUGGAAUUAUUAAGUCGGGGUUUUCCCCGAAACUCGACGGAAUUGCCACGCUGUCCACCAGCUGGCGUGCACACGUGGCUAUACCGGACGACGUGGAACGAGAAUUCCGCUUCAUGAAUGUCAAACGGGCCAUGCUCGUUUGUAGGGUGAUUGCGGGUCGGGUUGGAUCCGAUUCAGACGACGCCGAAAAAGCUGAUGGUGGUUUUGAUUCGGUAAUGGCGAGGUCAGAGACUGGGGUUUACACGCGGCUUGACGAGGAGGAGUUGUUGGUGUUUAAUCCUAGGGCUGUUCUUCCUUGCUUCGUGAUUGUGUAUACUGUGUGACGUGAUGAAUUCAAUGGCUGUGAUGAAGAUGAUUAUGUUUUGAAUGAUUCCUAACUUGUGAAAAGUUAAAAAGCAAUUUGAUGCAGAAGAGGAUGCCCUAAUUUUCCAUUUUUGUUUUUAAUGAAUGAGUUGUUAGUCUCAAACGCUUGGUUUUGAUUAGCUAUGUGAACUAGCGGAAGCAAGCCAUAAUUGAAACAUUGAUUUUGAAGCAUGCAGGUGUUGGCGUAUUUGUAAUGACUUCCAAGGUUUUUGCUAUAUGAAGAACAUUUAGGUU